AAUCAAGAUCCCUUGUAUCGACUCAUCGAUAGUUCACGUUUCUCUUGCGGACGACAAGCAUGUCUACGAACGGAGACCCUGCUGAGCAUGACUCCCUGAAAGAGGACGAAUAGCCCUACCAAGACUGGAAGGAGCCCUGGGCGUAUAUAAGUACCUGGGAGUUGGGCAAGAUCUUUAACCCUCUCCCCCAAUUUCCUCCUCUUGCAUAGUUGAAUCGUCUUCUAUAGUCAGCGAUGAGCAGACGCCCCGUUACGAAGUUCAGGACGGGUGAAACUGUGUACCUAAAGGUCGCUAAAGCCCCCCUUCCUAGAGGCCACCCGGUCAAAGUGGAGGUUGUCCACACCAAAGGCCUAAACACCCGUGCACCUGCCACUAGCACUAGUCUGGUUUCCUACUCUGUUUCUUAUGAAGCUCCGGUUCAGUACACCGUGCCUGCACUUGGUUCUCUCAUAAAUCGCCACAAACUCGAGGUAUCAGGGGUGAAUCCUGACAAGACGUUCUAUAGUACUAACGGGACGGCCAAAUUACUGAUUCCCUACGACGUAACCUAUAACUUUGGGAAUAGGUCUUACACAGUGACGGUGGCGGCUGGGACUCUAGUCACAGUGAAGUCCCGCGGGAGCGAGGGCGGACAGCGCUUCCCAACCCAUCCUAAGCAAGCGGUGUAUAAUUUCCAGUGCGACGUAGUUCACACUAAGAUUGAGAGGCACAAUCUAUCGGCGGGGUUGGAACACAGUGAGAUUUCGGCUACGCCAGUGUGAUGACAUGGCUGGAUCCGCAAGUCCUGCAAUGCACUGUGCUCUCUUCAUUUUGUAUACAGAAUCGUAUUCCAGUCUUAUCCGUGUUAAAUAAGUCUUUUUGAAAUACAAUAGAAAAAUCUUGGCAUAUU